AUGGAUGAGAGGAUCCCCUCUGCUUCUUACUUUCAGUACUCCCCGUCCGGAAUCCAUUCAUCGCCGCACAAUUCUCUGAGGCCUUUAUCCGCCUCCUUAGAGAGAGAAAGGUUUGUCAUGUUCACACUUGUUGCUUUUCUUACACUGAUUUCGCUACGAUUUUUGCGGGAUCUCAAUUAUGUUCAGAGAUUCUGCGCACUUUUCCUCGAAUUAUGUGCGCGAUUCUCGAUGUCGGCAUUGUGACUUAGCAGCUAUUCAUUAUUUUGCCAUUUCCAUUCAUUAUAUUUGUGGUCCUCCUGAUUCGUUGAAGUUAGGGGGGACGUCUCUCCGUGAACAUUUUCUGCUCAGACUACCGUUGGAACACAUGGACUGCGGCGAUAUUCUUCAGACCCUCUUCUUGAUCGGUCCCUGGACACCAUCUACUCCAUCCAUGGUCUUCUAAACCCCUAAAAUGGAAGCAAUUAAGGGUAGAAAAUAAGCGACGAAUUGAGAUCUUGGGCUACUCCAGUAAGCCUUUCCUUUUUUGUGUAGCAGUUCAGAGGAAGAAGAAGUGCUUAUGGGUCCGUUUGCUAACCAUUCUUGUGAACCUUUUCUCCAAUUCAGUGUCAGACGAUCAUGUGAAGAUUUUUCUCAUGCCCGGAAAUUGGGCUAGAGAGAUUUAUCUCCAUACUGACUGGCCAACAGGAAUAGUGUGGAAUGGAUGAUUCUUUUCUUGGAUUGAUGCUCGACAUUCAUUGUGUUUCACCUUUCACUAGUUGAUUUUACAAACGUUGUUCCUUCACGACUACCUUUUUCUAUCUGUUGUGGAUUUCAAUAGGAUCCAUCUUCACAUCUCUGUUACAAAUCAGUCUUAGUUAAUGUUUUUUUUUUCUUUUUGGCGUUCUCUGCUGUACUAUAUAUGCUUAUGGUGUCUCACAAGAUGGCCUUUAUGGUUAGAAAAGAAGCAGCGUGACAUGAGUCAGUGGGAGUGGAGGGAGGAGAAGUCAUAUUUUUGAUAUUUAUCCACUCUCUUUUUGUUUCUGCUGGACUUGCUGAUACUGUUGGAGACCUUAUUUUUGAAUGGUUAUUUGGUCAUAUUUCAGACAUUCUUUGUUAACGCUACCUUCGAUCCAGUUUUUUAUCUGUUAGGGAGAUCCCACAUUUCACAGAUGUUUGUGAUCGGCAGCAUGUGCAUUGUAAAUAAAAUCAUUAUUUAUUGAAUAUCUACCAAUGGUUUAGUUAUUUUACCCUAUUUUAUGCCAGGAAUUUGAGAUCAGUUGAGGCUCAAAAGAGGGCUUCCUUGAACAUAUUUGUUCAUCAAGAUUUACAUUAGAUUGAGGUUGUGAAACUUUUCUUGAGUGUUGCACCAUAUCUCAUUAUUUAUGGUCUUAUAGCUGAAUCAUGGUUAGAGGUUAAUAUUUCCUUCGUAAUAUUUUUUGAAAAACUACAGAAUCAUACUUUUCACCACACAUAUUAAUCAUGCAGUAUAAACUGAGAAAUAUUUAUUUUUCAUGAUCUGAUCAUGCUUAUGGUUUAAUUGACAUGCUGUUCUCUGAGAAAUGGUUCUGGAAUUUCCUUUCAUGAGACAUCGGUAGUUGAUGAGAUUGUUCUGCCUCACAUGACAGAUACUUGGCUGAACUAUUGGCUGAGAGGCAGAAAUUGGCACCUUUUAUCCAAGUUUUACCAUUUUGCAGUAGGCUUUUGAAUCUAGGUAGGCAGCUUCUCUGGUUCUUCCUCAGUACUCGGACAUUUGUUUUUAGUCGAUGUACAAAAGAUUCCUUUAUUGCUUGAACAGAAUGGGAAUGAAAUAAUGUUUUCUUUAUAUGGUUGAUUCUAGCUUUAUUUAUCUGAAAAGGACUUUUGACACCAUUGAAAUAAUACAUCCUUCAAUGUAAAAUAUUCACACCAAAUCCAAGAAUUUUCUUUUGACAAAUGGAGUCUGUUGUCUGUAUUCUCCUGUGUUAUGACCGGUAGAAUUUCUUAUGUUGAGUUGAUGGAGAAAACACAGCUCACCGUAUCCCAUGAGUCGAAUUAAGAGAAUCAUACGUAUUUAAUUAUAAGUCUUUUGAUCAUUGGAUCUUUGUGACUCAGGUGUACAAAUAAAAGUAGCAAAUGACAAGAAUGUCUCUUCUAAAAAAAAAACAGUUUUCGAUCAAUCGCAUCGAACAGUUCUAACCGGAAUGAUCCAUUUAAACUACUUGAUCAGUCCCCUUAUGGUGUCAACCAGUCCCCAGAUGAAUGGAUGCGUCAUCGUCCUCUUCUUUUCUCAUAUCCUCCUUUCUUCCCUCUCAAUGAUCAUUGUUCAUCUUUAGUAAGAGGCAUUUUUCUGCUAUACAAUCAGAGGUUCACCUUAUAUUAUUUGGAACCUGUCUGCCUGUAAAUUCCCUCAGUUCCCAUGAUCUAUGCUUAUGAUCUUACAAGGAACUGCGCAUAAAAUCUGGUAUCUUUCUUGUGUUCCUCAUGUUUCGAGAUGAAUAUCUGACGUAGUUCAAGCAAUCACUUUAAAUUUUUCCUUUUUUCGCUUUCUGUGGAAAAAAUGGAUAUUUCUGCCAAUUUUAUUAACAGAUAAAUUAGCAGUGCAGCAUACAUCGAAGAAACAGAGAACUUACCUGGCUAAUUACUUAUUUAUAGACCUAUUGUGUUCCCAUUGCACAGAAAAAAGUUGGACAAAUUGAAACUUCGGACAUAGAAAACAUAUAAGAGAGAUCAGAUGACAAUUUAGAUAAUAUGCUACCGAUAGUGAUCUACAUCAUAUUUAUUUCCGGAUCCCUCUCCAACCGUAGGGCAGCCAGUGUGAUUUUCAUUUUUGUUAGAAAACUUGUAACAGAUACAUGCAAAUGAAGAUUUGGAAUCUCCCAAAGUAUGCAUCCUUUCUAAAAAAAAAUCCUUCGUCUUGAAUUCUCACCAGAUUCCGUCACCUUAAUUUCAAAAUUGUUCUUUCUAACUUGAAAAGGGGAUGCCAGAUUUUUGGAGAAUUAUAUAAAAUUUCUUGCAUUUCUUUGAUGACUUUCUGUUUUGCGAAAUACUUCAGAGAUUCUUCGGGUAUCUGGUUUGGCUUCUAAUCAAAGUUUGGAUCCGGAAAGAAUUGAGCAUGGAAGCCCAUCAAGGUUCUCGGGUCAUCAUUCGAAUGGUGGACCGAUGGAUUUGGAGGUUUGGUCUGGAAUGCAAACAGAGGUAAAACAAUAGUAAUCAUAACUUCCAGUGAUUUUCUGACACGAUUUCUGAUGUAUUAUCUCUGAUUGUGCAUUAAAUAAUGCAUGUCAUCUUAUUUUAACUGACUUUUCCGCUGACAGUGUGAUUUUUUAUUUUUAUUUUUUCUGAUGGGAUUGCCUUCAACCGAGAUGUUUGUAUUCAGAGGUGUGGAUUGGAGGGGACAUUUAUCUUUAUGACUGGGAUAUAUUCAUCAACGCUGAGUGAUGACGGAUGAUCUACAGCCAUCAGUUGCCAGAAACAAAAAUGUCGACAUCCUCCCCCCCCCUCCCCCCCCCCAAAAAAAAAACCCAUUUUUUAAAAUGCUAACAAAAUUUUCUGGCGCUAAAGCUCGGUAAAUAGAUGCUCUAGCGCAAAUUCCUACCAUGCGAACAGUUCUUCUGUCGCAUUCGUGGGCUGAUCUAGGAUAACUAAAUUGAAAACAUCUGAAUGAGAAACACACCAGGAAAUGGUACUGAUCAAUACAAAACUAAGUCUUUCAUGGUGAUCAUUAUCCUCAAUCAUUUUAGGCACUCAAAGAUCGUAAUUUUUCGCAGAAGGUGCAAGCAUCCCCUUGAAAAAUAGAUAUAUAUAUAUUUUUUCACACGUUUGGGUCGAAACCUUAUCUGUGACUAAAAGCCAUCUUUGGCUGUAUAGUCAAAAUGCUGCGUAAUUAAUCUUUUUUUCUUCUUUAGGAUAAUGGCGGUUUUCAGAGAAUGGGGGCCUUGCAGACUUCUUCAAUGGGCUGGCAUGGAAAUUCCAGCCUUCCUACCACUUCUGUAGUAAAAAAGGUUGUGAGACUCGAUGUCCCAGUCGACAAGUUUCCGAAUGUAUGUAUAAUAAUAUCUUGUGAAUUGAUAUUACAUGCACAUCUUGAUUCUUCUUCUUCUUCUUCUUCUUCUUCUUCUUCUUCUUCUUCAUAUGGUUAAACCAUGCUUGAGUUUGGUGCUCCAGUACAACUUUGUCGGGAGGCUGCUAGGACCACGCGGCAAUUCUCUGAAGAGGGUCGAAGCUACAACGCAAUGCAGAGUCUAUAUACGUGGCCGUGGUUCAGUAAAAGAUUCUGUGAAGGUCACUGGCUCUCUCUUUCUCUUUUCCAUUUUCCCUCGUCCAAAUGAUCAUGGAAGCUUUCUGCGAUAUGCGCAAAUUAAUUAUAAAAAUAAUUUUUCUCCCAGGAGAAAACUCUUUCUUUUAGCUGUAGGUCGAGUUAUUGAUCAGUUGCUGUGUGCGAAAUCUCUGUUGUUGACUCAGGAAGAACAAUUGAGAGAGAAGCCCGGCUAUGAACAUCUCAAUGAGCCGCUGCACGUGCUAGUCGAGGCUGAAUUUCCGGCAGAAGUGAUCGAUGCCCAAUUGAAUCAGGCGAUAUCCAUCUUAGAAGACCUAUUGAAGCCCGUGGUAUGGCCAUUGGUCCUCUCCCUGUCCUCCCCUCCCCCCACUCUCCCCCGGCCCGCCGUCGACAUUACUGAAGGUGGAUAUCAUGCUUUCUUGCUGUCAGGACGAGUCCCUAGACUACUACAAGAAGCAGCAAUUGAGGGAGCUGGCCCUGCUGAAUGGGACUCUAAGGGAGGACAGCCCUCAUAGAAGCCCCAGCGCUUCUCCGUUUAGUGGGGCGGCAAUGAAGCGGGCGAAGACAGGGCGGUGA